UCAUUAAUCGUUUGAUGAUAAUUCAAAUUCAUUAUUCAUCAUCAAAACAUUAUUUGCAAUUUCCAUCAAAAAUUCAUUGCAAUCAUGGUCAUCAUCAUCAUCAUAAUGCUAAUGAUGAUGACCAUCACAACAAUGGUAAAUGCUCAACAAGAAUCGUCAACAACAGUAUUGAAUAAUCAAUCUGAACAAUCAACAACAUUGGCCAGAAUGAUUCUUCAACGAAUAAAACAUGACAUAACCGACAACAAGACAUUCAGCCAAACAGCCAAUGUUUUCGAAUAUCAAAAUUGUAUAAAUGAUAAUGAUUGUAAUGAUAAUCAUCAGGAUAAUCGAUCAAUUAUCUCAACAACAACAACAACAACAACAAUAUUGCCUUCGACCUUUAAAUUUGAAUGCCAUGAAGGUUUUUGUCGUCGUCAGAAUCAAUCAUUCAAUAUCAAUGAUGAGCAGGAAUCAUCAACGACAACGUCGACGACGACGACGACGACGACAAAUAGAAACAGAUCGGGAAAUCAUAUGAUUUUAAUAUUGAUCAUAAUGGCCAUCAUGUUUUUCGGUAUGUGUAUGGCAAUGAAUCUAUUCAGUCGAGCACGUUUUAAAGAACGACGUGGAAUAUUUUCAAAUCCACGUUUGUUAAAAGUUGCCACACAUAAUUCAUCCACAUCAUCAUCAUCGCAAAAACAAGAACAUCUUGAUCAUAAAAAAAUUACAAAUUCAAAUCGAAAACAUCAUCGUUUACGUUUAUUACAUGAUUCAAAAUUUCGUAAUAAACAUCAUCAUCGAAAUAGUCGACAUGAUCGAACUCGUCGUCAUAAUAAUGGUGAUGAUUGUAAUGAUAGUGAUCAACAAAAUGAUGAACAGCAAAAAAUUACCACAAUCGAUAUGGAUAUCGAUAUGAAUGUUUUACCGUCAGAUAAUCAUCAUAAUAUGUAAUUUUG